AUGACGAUGAUGUUGUCCACUGUGAACAAUCCGUAUCGUGGUGGUGGAUCGAACAACAACAACUCGAAUGAUCAUAAUAACUCGAAUCAUCGAAUGGUCAUUGAGGAUGUCACUGAUGAUCCGGAGUAUUCAUCCUACGGAAACGAGAACGAGAAGCCAGAAAAUGAGGAAGAAGGAGCAUUUGUGGAAUAUGAGAAAUUGGACAAAACUGAGGAUCCGGCUGCCUAUAAAGUUUGCCAAUCAACAACGGCCGUCAAUCGAACCUACAACAACAUUCGUCCCGCCUACAGAAUGCCAAUCGGCGGUGGCAGCGGCUCAUCAUCGGGAUCGAUUUCUCGUGAAAUUCGCAUCGAAUCAAUGAAUUUGAACGACGUCGAAGAUGGCGCCAGAUGUCGUGAUAAGGAGUGCCGUUUGGGAUGGAAACAGCAUCCCUGGAGUGAGAGAUACCAAAAAGUUAUCAAUUAA